AUGGAUGCUUUCGGCCGCGACCUGGAAAAAUGGGCCCAGCACCGGCUGCAGGAGCACCGCGAAUCCGGAGACUACCCGGGGACUAAGAACGACCUGGACGGCCCGCGGCCCGCGGCCCGUCUAGUGGCCGGCACCAGUUGCAGCCCUUGGGGCGACGCAUGCGCUGCUGUGGGGGAGAGCCGGCCGUCGCCGCCGUCGCCAAGGAGUAGCUGCGACGGCGAUGAUGACUUUCCACCUCCCCCGGCGGCCGAGGCCGCAACCGCUACGAGGAACGGAGCAUUGCCUGCUCCUCCACAUACAGAUGUCUCUAGGUUGGAUCAUGUGUACAACACGCCCGCAUUUUCCAUUCAACUUGCCCCUUUCCAAUAG